UAUAAUAUAUAAAAUACUAUAUAUGCUAACAAUUCAAAAUGGAAGCUCGUUGCAAGCGACCAGUUUGGCUGCUGUUCAAAUUGGUGGAACUUUUGCUUAGUGUUUGUUGCUGCCAUGUGCACUGGACGUGUUUUACAUUGGAAGGCAUUCCGCAUAUAUUUCUUUUUUGCGCUACCUAUGGCGCUGGAUUCUUCUCUGCCGUGCUGGGCAUCUUACGUUUGUUUUACGCCGAGCGUCCCACUAUGAAAAUGGAGGCGACCAUAAGCGGUGUGCUAGGUGUGCUGAAUCUAAUCACAGUCUAUGCUUAUAUGUAUCUCACGCGAGUUGACAAGCGUGCAUUGUUUUAUAAGGAAACUGAAAUGGAGGAUAAUGGCUUGUUCACCUGUUGUCGGGAUAGUGCUAUUUUGGGUUUAAAUGCUGUGUCAGUUUAUUUUCUACACUGUAGCCUGGCUAUGGAUAUGUUGAUUACUCAUGCUCCGUCGCUGCAGCCCUGGACCUAUCAAAAUCGUGGCUUGAAAUAUCUGCGGCAUCCUCAGCCCAGCAAACGGCCACUUAAAUUGUAUUUUAUCAGCAGGGACGUGGAGGCUUAUCUCACUCAGUAUUAUUGGUUUAGAUUUCUGUCGAGCAGCAUGGUGCGCAGGGAGAGCACGCAUGCCGUUUCUAUAGUUGGGACGGAAUCCACAAUUGCUUAUAGGAGUGAAGAUGCUUAAAUGUGCGCGCUCGAUUACAAUAAGUAUAGCUGCCUAUCGUCAAUCGAUUCAAUUAUUUCAUUUGUAAAAUUAGUAUGACCAGAGUAUAAAUAAGAAAGCUAUCGACUAGCGAUUACAUAUC